AUGGGUCGCUCUUCGAGAUUCACCUUCCCCUUACCUAGACGAAAGUCAAAGCCGGCUCCCGAACCGUCGAUCUCAGGGCCGUUGAGCAAGGCACAGAGGACCCUCGGCACCGCAGACAUCAAUAUAGACGCACUAUCCAGAGAUAGCGGGAGACAAUGGGACACCACAUCGAACUCGGGCAUCAGCAUUAGUAUAUCCGAGAGUACCGCUAGUCAUGCGGCUCACACAGCUAGACGAGGAGAUACGCAGGGACGCUGGGAGGACGAGUCGGCGAUAAUACCGAGGACCCUCGGAGCUGGAGGGCAAGGAGGCUCAGUUGCCGGAUUUGGCACAAACGACAUGAUGACCGACGCCUCGAGUCUCCGUCGUCGAGAGUCGAGCUCCACGAUUGUGUCGUUCUACGACAAAUCCAAGCUUCCCUUGUCGAUAUCCCAGCAGACAUCUGCCUCCGCCAUAGCUCGGGGCUUGCCGCCGAAGGCGAGCUCUAUUCUCGACGUUGAUGGGACCCUAUCGUCGCCAAAGAAGAUCAAGAAGAAGCCAAGCAGGUUGGAUCUCUCGUAUUUGCUGCCGAAGUCGCGAUCUGCCAAGCACCAAACGCCCCGUCCCGACUCCUCGAACGGUCGUGUCCUUGGACAUGAUAUCGUGGCACUGUCUCCAUCGGUCCUCUCUGUCUCGCAAGGUAUCGACCCGCGGUCCAUCCGCCAGCUAUCAGGUAAUAGCACCACUGUGCAAUCAUCGGAGCUGGCAAAAGCCAGGGCAGCAGCUUCGACGGCAAAUCUACCCAACCUGUACGACCAUUAUGAGCAACGGUCAUUCCAAACCAUUGCAAAAAAGGAGCUGGACAUGACAACCGAUGAGUCCCGCAGCUCGUCCCGCAGCCCAUCCCACGCAUUGCCCCUUCAAAGCACGUCGACGAACGAUUACCUCUCUCCCUCCUCCAAGUCGCCCCGCCGAGCUCCGUUCUCCGGGAAUAGCACACCCGCAAUGCCGUUGAGCGGGCCAGAUACGCCUGUUCCCUCACUCGCGACUCCCUCGAGCCUCGUUUCGCCUCCUGCUGACUACGCAGCGAGCGUGUCCAGCCGGCAUACGCGCACCUCGAAGGCCUCGAAGCGAACGGACCGCAGCCUAGUGGACUUUGAUCUCCACCAGAGUAGCGUGCUCUCGUUGUCGUCAGACUCGGAAGAUGAUUACACGGACGCUCCCAAGCCGUUCAUUUCCACAACGAGACGUCCGUCUGCGGAUUCGUCGCAGAGCCCAACUAGUGUCGGCUCAAUGAGCCUUCCCAAAGCAUCUCGGUCCCCUCCUUCGGAUGCAACCCGUGCCAGGCCUCCACGGCCUGACAGGCUAACCCCCGGCAAUAAUAACCAUCUCUCCAGGGUUGAGAGCGUCCCAGACAUCGCCGUCAGCAGCAGCCAACCAAGGAUCAGCGAGCGCACGAGCUCGCUGUCCAUCUCGUCUGCGACAACCAAAACAUCGCACUCGAUGAGAUCUCUCUCCCGUUUGUCACUUGCCUCGACCGUCACUGCGAGGUCUGCUACAGCUGGAUCGAAGUUGAGUCCCAGCCCUCGCAGCAGUUCCGGAGUUUCCGGAGUCCACGAGGCGCGUGCGAUUACCAUGACGCCGGCGCAAACGCCACACUACCACAGCAACUAUUAUCACAACCAGCAGGCCGCGCCUCGCCGGUCAUCGCAAUCUUCGACCGCGUCGGACCUCGGUCGGGGCUCUCUGUCACCGACUUCGAUAGACCACUAUCUCCAGUCGCCGAACAAGCCCCUAUCUCUAGAUGAGAUGUCAAUUCGCAGUGGCAAGAGCAUGGCAUCUGUGGCCAGCAGUGUCGGUAGCCCGGGAUUAAGCAGCCCGCUGGGCAACACCAGCCACAACGGUCGAUUGAUGACGGUGACGCGACAGGAGGAGAUGCUCCUGGCAGCGCUUCGGCUGAAGCGGGCCCGGAUGCGUGAAAACAUCAUCGCCGAACUGGAGGCGGAAAAUGAUAGCGCGUCCGAGGAAGUGCUCUUCCAGCAUCUCCAGCCCCAACCCCAACCCUACCAGUACCUCCGUGGCCGUGAAAACCCCCACCAAGCUCCAAACCAACCCCUGCCACCACCACCCAAGAACCGAUCAUCACUGGACCGUAGGAGCUCCUCAAGCCGGCAGGGAUCACGGCGUGCCUCAUCCAACCCCGGCGGAUUGGCGCCGUUACAUGAGGCGCCCGGGGCACCUGCGUUGGGGCACCAACAACAGCAGCAGCUGACACUGGUGUCUCCGCGAGCCGGCGCCAUCGCAUUCGAGACCAGCGACGAGUCGAGCCUGAGCGACGCCGAACGCGGACGCAUUCUUCUCUACUAUGACCGGCCGAUGGAGAAGAUCGACGACACCUUUGACACGGCAGAACCAAGCCCGGAUCUCAGCGAUUUCAUGGAUUACGACGACGGGAACAGCGAGGACCUACCCCUUCACACCCCAUCGGACCUGGGAGCCGGCUCCGGCUCCGGCGCCGGCUUUCGAAACCUUCGCAAGCCGCCCCGCCUGUCGCUCCCGGUCCCGGCGAUGGCCCACGGAAACACGGCCGCACAGGGGAGAUAUGUCGGCGAGUCGGUCAGCGCCAGGAGGGGCACGCCCAACAAGCAGAACCACGGCGAGGACUUGCACGUGCGCAUCGUCGGCGACGCUAACGACGGCGGCGGCAUCCCCGAGGACGACGUGUCGGCGGGCAUCCCGCGGCCCGACUCGCCCAUCUCGCCGGCGGAGACCUCGCUCCCGAUGGCGACGGCGCUGUCGCGGAAGAAACAGGUCCGGUUGAGUGCCGUGGGAUACGUGCCCGGGAUCGAAGUCGGGCUGUGGGCUGAUGAUGGUUGA